AUGACAGAUGAGCUUGCUGGGCAGCCGCUCAGCGCUGCAACUACGAUCAAGGAGGAUAGAGAGCAGAGCAGGAGCCCAUAUCAGUCAGCAAAUGAAGAUGCUGCGGAGGAGGAAGAAGAGGUCCAGCGUCCGCGGUCCGCACCCGUCCCUAGAUCAUCGGCGCUGUCACCGACGCUUCCUGCUCCAUCACCACUACCCGAAGACAGCCCGCAUAAGUACGGUCUGAAGGAUCGCAUGAGCACACCAGACCUCGUAGCUCCGCCGCUGGAGCAAGCCGAGAAGGAUCAGAAGGCUGCUCGUCGCCGUAGCAGUGGGCUUGAGAUCUUCAAUUCGGCCGCACGCCACCACAACCACAGCCACAACCACAUCCACAACCAUAACCACGACAUUGACGGCCGCCGCCGCGGCCAUGUCUUCAAGUCCAACGGGUUCGCCUUCAGCCGUGCCCUGAACAUCAUGCAGCUGAAAUGCUACCGCAAUCACUCACGUUUACUCAUGUCGAACAACAAGCACGCACCGGUGGAGUGUGCGGUCUGCCACAUGGACGAUGAUCACGAGUACUGGUCAUGCAGCUGGUGCGCGGUGCGGAUGUGUCGGUACUGUCGGAAGGACUUUGCAGAGCGUGGCAUGACCGCUCUUCGUGAUCGGAUUCGCAAGGCUGAGAUGGGUGCUGAUGGUAGUCCGAGUAGCUCUACAGAGAGCUUCAGUCGGGAAAGGCGCCGUGCUUAUGUCUGA